GCCCCCCCCCGCCCAGCCCGGGAGCCGCCGAAAUGCAAUUUCCCGUGCAGGCGCCUCGGCUCAGGGGGCUUUUCCGGGCGGGUUUGGAAAGAAGAGGGGCGACGCGGCCGCGGCCCAAAACGAGGUCCUGGAGCAGACAGGUCCUGCUUGCUGAAUUACUGAGUUAAUAGGCCCCUCACCCCCUCCAGCCUCUCCUGCCCCGACCCCACUGUCCAGUCCUGCCCCCCCUGGAGAAGUUGCCAAGGGUUUGGGGGAACAUUCAACCUGUCGGUGAGUUUGGGCAGCUCAGGCAAACCAUCGACCGUUGAGUGGACCCCGAGGCCUGGAACUGCCAUCCACCCAUCAUGACCCCUGCCUUCUAUAUCUGGAGGGCCGGGGUAGCUCCCAGAUCCAGCCUGGGCAUCCCCUCCUUUAGGCCACAGCGAAGGUCACAAUCAACAUUCAUUGUUGUCGGUGGGUUGUGAGGACGGAGGCCAGACCCACCGAGGGAUGAAUGUCACUGUGGCUGGGCCGGACACAGCCUGAGGGGAAGGGACUAGGGGACAAGACCCACUCACGUGAUGCCCUGACCUCAGCUCCUCACCCCUUGGGGAGGGUUGGCAUCUGGGAUCCUUAUGGACACAGGCCUGAUUUGGGGAAUAGAUCCAGGGGAGUGAGGGGAGUUGGGAGGCACCUGGAAAACCUUUCUGAUGGGAUAGCCCUGUUCCCAGAGGACUCAGGACUAGGAUUUCUUGAACGAGUCAGUCAACCAAUGAAUGGGAUGGGCAGGCAGCAGAGCCCCUCUUCUCUGUGUCUAGGUCCUGGGCCCAGCACCCACAGACCUCUGCUUUACCUGUGGUUGCCCACUUAGCACCUCGGUGCCUGCUCAUCCCUUCAUCUGCCGAGUCUCUGCCCCACCUGGGUACCUCUUGAGGGUCUCAUUUGAGGGAGUGGGUGGGGAUUGAGGUGCUGGGGGGUCCCCCCCUCCAUUAACCCAGCCUGUGCCUCUGCUGCCUCCAUAAUGUUUUCUCACUUCCUGUCCACCCCAGGGCCAGCACCUAGCCUUAGGGGCUAUGGUAACUGGAUGGGGGAGACUGGCUUUUGUGUUGUCUUUGUGAAGUAUGGGCAGGUGGCCUCAUACCUCAGGGUGUUCAUCCAUGAAAGUGGUUCCACUGAAAUAGGUGUGAAAGCUCCCUGAGGGACCCCUGAGCUGGGGGUCUUGAUCCUUGGCCUUCCCCAUGAACCAGGCACCAUCCCCCUUCCAGAGACAGCCAGAGCAUCAGCAGCUCCCCACCUUCCCCAAAGAGCCCAGGGGCACCCGGCUCCUCCCCCAGCCCAGGGGAAGGAAGACACAAGUUACUAAGUUACUGACUACAUCGGUGCUUGUCUUUGGGGUGGGGCUUCCCCCUCCCCUCCCCGUCUCCCUGUGGGGCAGGACUGGCUGGCCUCACAGGCCUCCAAGAGGGGUAGGCAGGGGUAGCCCUCCCCAUGCCCCUCUGUGUGGGGGGUGGCUCCCAACUGUGGGUGCCCCCUGCAGCCUGUGUCCUGUCACUCCCCAUCACCCCCAGCCCACCUAGAGACCAUGUAUCCCCUGGCAGGUGCCUUUAUGGGGGAGCGGCAGCAAGCCCCCCUGUGACAAUGAGGAACCUCCCAUGGCCUGCUCCUCCCCCUUCACACUUCCUUGGAGGUAUAAGGAGGGAACUGACAGCCCAGACUCCUAGGCUCCACAGAGGGGAAGGGAGGGGCAGAGGAAGGGUUAGAAAGCGGAGCUCUGGGCAGGCAAGGCUUCUUCUCUCUGCCCCUCUACCUGGCACACACGCUGCCCAGCUAUGGGAACCUUCAACCUAUGGACGGAUUACCUGGGUUUGGCGCGCCUGGUCGGGGCUCUGCGUGGGGAAGGGGAGCCUGAGACCAGGCUGGACCCCCAGCCACAGCCAGCUCCAGGACCUGGGGGUCAGAGGCCCAGCCCGGAAUCUUCAGCAGCUCCUGAACGCCUGUGCUCUUUCUGCAAACACAACGGCGAGUCCCGGGCCAUCUACCAGUCCCAUGUGCUCAAGGAUGAGGCCGGCCGGGUGCUGUGUCCCAUCCUUCGUGACUACGUGUGCCCUCAGUGCGGCGCUACGCGCGAGCGUGCCCACACCCGUCGUUUCUGCCCGCUCACUGGCCAGGGCUACACCUCCGUCUACAGCUAUACCACCCGCAACUCAGCUGGCAAGAGGGUAUCCCGGCCUGAUAAGGCGAGGAUGCAGGACUCGGGGCAUCGCAGAGGAGGAGCAGCAGGCGCGGGAGCAGCGGGCGCGGGAGCAGCGGCGGCGGCCUGUGCAGGUUCCAAAGGUGCUGGGAAGUCUUCUGGACCUUCACCCUCUUCCUGCUGUCCCUCCACUUCUGCCUAGGAGACUGGUGCAGGGAGGAUGGAGAUGCUGCCUUCCCCUGGGUGUGGGGACCCAAGCUCGAUGGAAGAUGUAUUUUGGGGAAGGUCCACUUUGCAAGGACCUGCCCCUGGGCCCUUCCCCCAGCCUGGAGGCCUGGCUAAGAGAGCAGAGCCUGGGAGCACAGCUGAAAGAGCCCCCCCAUGAGGAAGGAGGUGGCCGUCAGUCACCCUGGCCCUCCCUCCCCAGCACUGGCCACCCACUCAGCACUCAAUAAAUGCUUAUGAAUGGA